AUGGCAGUUCCAGGCUCUCGUCCGCACUCUGAAGCGGAGGCCCCCGCUUCGUUUGUGUCCCCCCACGCGCCGAGACCAAACGCUGCCCAGCCGCGUCGCUCCGCUGAAGAGGAAUCGCGGCGCGAAGAAGAGGAGGUCCCGCAGGAGUUCGAAUGCGUAAUUUGCAUGAAGAUUCUGCUUUUGCCUGUCACGACCCCUUGCGGCCAUAACUUCUGCAAAGGAUGCAUCGAUGAGGCCGUUUCGUACCGGCCCUGCUGCCCGCUGUGCCGCUGCCCGUUGCUGUUGUCGGGGGCCGCCGACCCCGUGUCGGGUCUUUCGUCGGGGUCUUCGCUGCGCGUCAACACACUGAUGCAGCAGCUACUCGAGCGGAACUACCCACAGGCGAUGCGCGAGCGUCGCCAGCACGAAGAAGAGAGGAGGCAGGAGGCGGCAGCUCGUCGGCGCGUCCACCUCCAUAGACAGCAGCAGGCCGCGGCCGCCGUCGCGCCUCGGCCCCUUCGUGAAGAGGAGGGCGUCCCCCCCGGGUCGUCGCAGCUGGGGCCCCCUCGGCGCAACUUGUCCUCGGGAGACAGCGCCGCGCCAAGGAGCGCAGGGCGCGUGCGCGAGUCUGGAGGGCGCCCGGAGCAGAUUCUGACUCUCUUCCGCAUCUUUGACGCCGGCGAGGGCACGCUUGGCGGCGGGCUUUCGCAGAUGCAGGCGGAUGGGCGAGGCGCCUCCAGGCCCUCGUGGCGGGGCAGCAGUCGCGCCGCAGUCGCCGCAGCGCGGGCGGCGCCGCUGUUCCCCGGAGAAACGAUCUCGCUCCACGUCUACGAGGAAAAGUACAUCAGGCUCGUCGAGCUUGCCCUUCAGGUAAGCCUAACCAAGCAGAGGACAAGCAAAGGCAGGGAAGGCAGCAGGCGCAAGCCCGAGAGCGGCGUUUUUGCUGCACACAUGUUUGCAUUCUGGCACUCGCACGCGGAGGAGCUGCGCAUCAUCGACCUGCUCGACGAACUCGCGCACCUUCGGCGUUGUGUACCCGAAUCCCCCCGCCCAGCGACGCCUUCUUCUUCACGUUCAUGGUCGUCGCCGUUUGUUGUUCGAAAUCUUUUGAGACACCGGUCUCGCCGGCGCGGCACGGACUCCUCUUCCUCCUCUGGUGACACGCCGAUUCCGUCGCCUUCCUCGGCAGCGGAGACGGCGUCCGCGCCGGCGUCCUGUUCUCCCUCGUCGGCCGCGCCGCCUGCGUCUUCCUCGUCUGUCUCUCCUCACGCCCCGCUAGUCACAGCCGCGGCGUCGCCAACCACGUCGCCAACCGGCGCGGGAGGGCCGCCCCUGUCGCCGGCGCGUGGCAGUCAGGGCCCCGGCGACGAUGGAGAGACACCUGCUCCUUCGUCGCCUAUCGCCGACGCCUCCGUCCCGCUGGCGCCCUCCGCCCCCGAAUAUGGCUGCUGCGUGCAGAUUGAGCAGCACACGCCGUUGGAGCCGGUCUCGGGCGGGACGCCAGGCCGCUGCUUGAUUCGCUGCGUCUGUCGAAAUCGCUUCCGCGUGCGGAACAAAAUCUUCCUCGAAGACUGGACAGGGCGUGCCGGAGACCUCGACAGCGAGCGCGGCGAGGCGCCAGCGGCCGGCGCGCCUCUCGUCAGUAGACAGUCGACGCUUCCGGCGGACGAGCGGGCCUCGCGUGGCGAGGGGCGUGAAGAAGCUCGCGUGGCGUCGGAGGCCGCGGAGGCUGCGGAUGCCACCCCCUUUCGAGACAGUGCGGCUUUCGGCGCGCACGCAGGGGGCGUUGCUGGCGCGCCGCGUGGAGGCGGUUUCUAUUACGAGAUCGGCUACUGCGAGCCGAUCUUCGACGACGGCGACAGAGAGGAGGCCGAAAGGGCAGACGCCGCCGCAUUGAGGUGGCGCUCCCGCGACGAGCAGAGCUCUCUUCUUAGCGGCGGCGCCGGCCUCUCCUGGCGGGGUGACGAGCUGCGGCAGCGCCGGCCGCUGAGCGAGGAGGCGACCGACCGCGCGGAAGCAGAACACGAGCUAGCGCUAGAAAGAGAACUCCGCGACGCCUGGAUCGACAGCGAGAACAACUGGGGCCCUCUGACCCGAGCCUCAGAUCUCGCGCGCGAGCGCGCUAAGGUGGUGCAUGCCCUCGAGGUGUCGAGACAUCACCGGGCGCUGGCGGACAUCUCGACGACGAGGGACGCCUCGGAAGAGGCGGAGAGCGCGGGGGACGCUGAAGUGCACCGUAGUCGGCUGCUGGCUCACGCGCAAAGAAGAGAAGUGGCCAGAGAUCUCCGGGAGAGAUGCGUGCGGCGUCUGUGUGAGAUAUGCAUCGAAGGCCUGGAGAGGCAGCUUCAGCAAGCGGGAGACGUGGCCCAGCGUCUUUUCGCCUCCAAGUUCGGCCGCAUGCCCUCUCUGUCUUCCAGGCGAAUGACUGCGUACGACCUAGAGAAGUUUUCCUUCUUCGUCGCAAUGGUGAUCGUGUCUUCGCCUGCCGUCCGCUGGCAGUGGUUCCUCCUCACAGAUACCACCCAGCGGCUUGUUCAACUGACAAAAGUGAUAGCCGAGGCUCGAUGGAUGAACAUUCUUGCGCUCAACACGACACCCCUUUCGAGUUUGUCGCGGUUCCUACUCUUCCAGGAUUUCCACAGCAAUGUUGUUCUGUUCCUCACGUUUCUGUGCGUCAUCGUGGUUUUCAGGCUUUGGCCGUCCCUGUUCUUUGAUGAUGACUUUUUCUAA